AUGUCAUCGCCAAGUGCCGACUGUUCAGAAGGAGUAAACAAUCUUUUGAUGAGUAGCAGCACAACAACAAUAACGGAGGAGCAACAACCAACAAAUUCCAUUGAACCAAAUGAUGCUCCAACAAAUGCUGAUGAGAAAGUAGAAGAAUCUUCUUCAUCAUCCAAAACUAUUACAACAGAUAGUAGUAAUACAACAAUAACAAUAACAACAACUCAACUUCAUGAGACAAUAACAUUGACUCAAUCAACUUUAUCUCAACAAGCAGUAGAAGAACAACAAACAGCAAAUAAUCAACUUGUUGCCAACAAUACUUCCACUACAACAACAACAACUACAGAAGAAGAAAAUGGCGCCAUUUUACAACCAAGAGGUUCUGUUGUUGUUCUGAUGAAUGCGCCAUCACACCACGACAGAAUCAAUAGCAGCACGAGUGAAGAUGAUGACAAUGGUGAUGAUAAUAUUGUAUUUGAAUCACGUACGGCUACUACGACUCCAGAGCACAUUGAUACAACAACAAACCCAUUUGUAACAGGUGUUGUUUUUAAUAAUAUUAUUGAGAAUAGUGAUGAGACAAUUAAUAAUAAUAAUAAUAACAAUGAUGAUGAUAAUAAUAAUAAUAAUACAACAACAAAUGAAUAUCAUGUUGAUGUUGAUGAUGAUGAUACAAAUAAUAAUAACAAUGAACAAAUAACAGAGGAACAAGAUCAAUCAUAUCAAGAUGUUGUUAUGACUCCAACAUAUAAUGUUCAACAACAACAACAACAAACAUUUACAACCUAUGAUCGUAAUGACUUGUUGUUAAAUGUUGAUGAUUCACAACUUCCUUUGUGGAUGAGAUUGGAAGAACGAUUAAAUGUACACCCAGAGGCAAAACCUGUUCAUUAUCCACUUCCACCUUCUGUUAGAGUUGCCAGUAGUCAUCCAGAAUUACAACAAUCCAAGUAUCCACACUUGCAAGAGUAUCAUCGUCAAUUUUAUGAGCCAUUUACUGUUCUUGAGAGAGAAGAUCCAUACUCUUUCAAAUCUGUACAAUUCAAACCACUUGAAAACCAUCCAACCUCUCAUAUCUCUCACAAUUCAGCAUCCUUGAACAAUUCAUCCUCUGCCAAUUUACUUACACUCACAUUGACAAAUCCAAAUAUACAAUCUAGCGGUAAUGGAAAGAGUAUUGUUGAUUCUUUCUUUAAAGCUUUAUAUCAUCUUGAUUCUAUGGCUUCAAACAGUCAACUAGGAAAAGAUCAAGUUCAUGUAAUUCAAAAUGGAAAUGGUAGUGCUAGUGCAUCUCUCAAUGACUUGUCAAACGAUUCAUCACAUGAUGAAACAUCAGAAGUUGGUUCAUCACUCUCUCCACUCAAGGGAUCACUUAAAAAUUUGAAGGAACAAGAAGGUCUCGAUGGAAAGAGAAAAGGAAGCAUUUUCGCUUUGAAAUUUAAACAUCAAGCACAAGCUUCUUCUUCUGAUAAUUCUAAAAUUAUGAGUACUUCAACUCAAAAUCCAAAAAUGCUUUUGGAUGGUUAUGAUUCUCUUGAAGUCAACACAUCAGAUUUGGAAUCUCACAAUGAUCAAUCGUCUGAUGUAAAUAGAAAUGAAUCACAAACACCUGUUAGUACUACUUCAGGCGCUCCUGGAGGCAGUGAUCCUAACCAAGUACAAGAAGAAGAUACUGAAGAACAAUAUCUUAAAAAGUUGAGUUUGGUUGAAUUUUCCAAACAUUGUAGUGCCAAGAGACGUGUAAAACAAUUUGAUUUCCUUUCUGGAGAUUCCACUUUUGAUAAACCUCCUCUCAUUAGUAAGAAAAUUCCAUCCAAUAUGAGCCUUGCUUCUCCAACUGGUGAAGAGAAACCUCCAGUUGUUUCUGAAGAUGGUAAAUUGAACAUUUCUGAUACUGAAAUACUUCCAGAAUCAACCACUCGUCUUAUGAGUUGUCUCAAACCAAACUUUAAAUAUAGACCUAUAGAAACAUCAAUGUGUUUCCGUCAACCACAAAAUCAAGCUAGCUUGGCAUAUCCUAUCAAGAAGAGAACACAACUAGUUAUUUCAUGUCAUACACCACCAAAAUUCGAAAGACCUGUUUCUGAAAUUCACUACUUCUCAAUGGCUCUUUAUGAUUUGGAGAGGGGUUCUAAAAUUAGUGAAGAUUUCCACUUCCAUUUCCUUUUGAAGGAACAAAUUGAAACUCUUUCUCCUUGGGUUCAAAAUUAUUUAAAGACUAUGGCAUCAGCACUUCCAGUUAAACCAGUUCAACAACCACUCAUGUCUCCUCGUUCAGGUGAAAAUGGUCAACCUCAAGUUCAACACGAAGAACAAAAGGCAUUAUUCACUAUUACUUAUCCAAAUGAUCAAAUAUAUUUGGUUAUUCAAGUAUAUCGUUUACCAACUGGAAGUAUGAAGGAUGCUCUUAAACUCUACAAGAGGGACACCAAACAAUCAGAAAUUAAUGAUGUUGAAAAACAAUACAAUGAACUCAAACAACAAGUUGCUCACUUUAGACAAGCCAUUCUCUUUGGAUAUACUCCAUUAUUCAGCAAGAGAGGUAAUGUUUAUCAAUUGACCUCUACAAAGUAUGAGCUCAAACCAAUGUAUUCUAUUGAAGGAUUUGAUUUCAAGACUCCUUUCGAUGCCAUGACCAUGAUUAGGACUAUUCAAAAGGAAAAGAAAUUGAAGAAUAUUACACAAAUUGAUGGUGGAUUUUUAUUGAGAGCAGAAAUUUUGAAAAAUCACUCGAAUGCCAACAAACAACCUAAACAUAAUAGACAUCGUUCUAUCGAGCACAAUCUUCAUCCAAUUAUUGGAUCAUCAGGUAAUAGUGCAUCUUUAGUGACUAGUCCACAAAGUUAUGAAAAUCAACUUACUGAUGAAAGUGGUAAUUUAUUAGUUUCAAAUGGAGUUUCAUCAUCACUUUCAAGCUCUUCACCAUCUCCACUCUCUCCAUCCAACUCACUUCUUAAGGAACGUUUAAUGAAUGAUUUGGGAAGAUCGGAUUCAAUGCCUAGUAGUCCUCUUAAGGGUAUGAUUGAUCAUGAAAAGACUGCCCACGAUGAUGAAAAUAGCCUUGAAACUGACUUGAUUAGAGUUCAAGAACUUCCAAUUCAACUCUCCAAAUAUCCAAACAUGGAGGUUCUCAAUCACUUCUUCUUUAAUCCAAUUGUUGCCCAAUUCGAAAAGACAUUUGGUGGAAAGAAUAUUUUCUGUGAGGUAUUGUAUCGUGAGUCUGAUUCUGAAGUUGUGAAUGAAACAACUGGUCAAGUUAAUGCAGAGCCAAGAAUCAUGACUAGGUUCAGUAGAAAUUCAUCUAAAUAUGAUUUCUCAUGUGUUUCGUAUGAUGAAGAGAAGCAGCCACACUUUUACGAUGAGUUCAAGAUUGAUAUUCCUUGUGAACCAAGGAGGGAUCAACACGUUUUGGUUGUUUUCUAUCACUUGGAUGUAGAUAAUAAGAAGUCUAAAAAGUUGAACUAUGUGAGUGGUGCUAAUGACAUUAGAAAGGAAGAUUUUGGAACUUCUCACAGAGCUGUUCUUGGGUAUGCUUUCAUGGAAUUGAACGAUAGCAAGAAGUUUGAUAGCGAAGGCUACUCAAUGUUCCCUCAAUUCCGUAAACAUACCUUCCCUGAUGAAAUUACUAUUUACAAAGAACUUCCAGCCAAUUAUUUGAAGGACUCUGAAGAAAAAUUGAAGAAUCUCAAGAUUGGUAAAUUGAAAGUUAGAUCCCAUUUGGUUACAACCAUUGAUCCAUCUGAUGAAAUUAUUACCCUCUUCUUCUCCACAAUGUAUGAUUUACAAAAUGUUCCAGAUUAUCAAAAACCACAAGUCUUAACCUUCUUAUGUGACUAUGUCUUCCCUCAAUUCAACAAGAUUGAUUUCAAGGUAUUCAUGCCACAUUUACCAGUUGUUUUGAAUAUGCUGUUUGGUUUAAUGGCAAGAGUUUCUGCCAUGCUUCAAGCAAGUGCUGUUUCUUACAUUAUUGAAAAGGUUGAAAUUGCAACAUUUGAACAAAUUUUGGUUUGCUUGCGUGGUUGUUAUCACUUCCUCAGUGAGACCAAUCCAGAGAAUGAAUCACACUCUAGGCUCAAUGUUUUCUUCUCCAGUUACACCAAAUAUAUUCUUACUGAACCAAAAGGAGCUAAAUAUCCAUUGUUUAGUAUCUUGUUGAGAUUGAUGGCUGAAUAUUUGGAAGUUCCAGAAACUGAAAAGAUGGCUCCUGCCAAGGGUUCAGACUAUCUCAAUGAUUUGAGUCAAAUGGUAAAGAAAUCUCGUCAAAAGAAGGAAAAUAUGGACAAUGUCAAGCAACAAAUUGACCAGAGAAGAAAUCAACUUUCAGAACACGAUCCAAUUCGUUUCUCCUGGUUCAUUUUUGAUGUUAUUAUCAAAUCAAUGACUAUUUUCUUCAAUGAAAAGGCAAAGAAGGAAGACAGUGCUUCACAAAGAAGAAGACGUAUUUCUGCUCAUGAUGAACACGAGUUGGACUAUCCAAUUUCUGAUAGACACAUUUUAAACAGAUUGAGACAGCUCACUGAUAACAUGGUUGUUCGUAUCUACAAGUUAUUACUUGCCAGUGGUAUUGGUCGUCAAAAUAUUGGUAUUGGUGGUAACAGAAAUUUGGCUCUCUUCUUACGUGAUCUCAUUCCAUUCAUUCCAGACAAACAACUCUACAUUGAACACUUGAUUGAUCGUUACUUCCAAAGUUUGGAUGGUAUUGAUGAACGUAAAUUGAGACUUAAAGCAGAAUUUAUUGCCAUCUUGACUGAUUACGAUUAUUACAUUCCAUUCAAUUUGCACUUGUUACGUCUCUUUUCUAAGGGAGAAGGAGAUUCUGUCGAAUCCACAGCUACAACCACAGAGGAAAAUGCUGAAUACUUGAUGAGCCAAGAAGUCAACUCAAAGCAAGUUACCUUCUCUUCAAUUUUGAUUGAAUUAUUCUACGAUGUUGUAAAGAGUGGUAAUGACAAGUUGCUUAUCAAAAUUUCAAAGAUUUUAUUGGAUCACUUCUGUAAAUUAGACUAUGAUAGCAGAUACCAAGAAGACUCUAGAAGAGCUAUUGUUACUGGAUUGUACAUUGAAUUUGUUGAUAGAUUCCUCGAAAAUGAUGAAAAUCUUACUCGUUUCAAGAAUGACGAGAUUUAUGUAGUUCUCUCUUCAUGUAUCAUGUGGAUUUUGAGAGGUUUAUCAAAGGACAAGUUGUUACGUUGGUGGAAGUCUCGUCCAUUCUACGUAAUGCUCAAUUUGAUUACCUUCUUGGAACAUACCACUGUUGCCUUUAACAAUUUGGACUUUUCAGGAAAGAUGACUGACGACAGUAUUCUUCGUACUGAAAUUGCUUGUAUUACAAGUUAUUUGAUAUCAACACUCCUUUCUAAUAGAAGUUUAUUCGAUGAAAUUUUACCAGAAUUGAAAACCCAAGAUGAAAACAUUCAAAUGUUGGAGAAUAUCCAAAUUACCGAUAUUGUCUUGCAACGUCAACAGCAAAUUGCUGACUUGUUCGAAGCAAAGAGCGUCAGGACUCAACCACACACAGUUGCCUUAUUCUUUAGACGUAUUUCACACUUGUUGUUAAACUUUAUUCUUCAACUUACUUUAAGGUCUGAUUCUGCACAUUGCCACUUGAUCUUUAGACAAUGUGUAUUGCCUCUUGUGAGAGAUAUGACUGAUCAAUUGGUUGUUUCUGAAUUGUACGAUGACUCCAUUCCAAAGAGAGAAAGAGUUCCUCCAGUUCAAAAGAAGCAUGUCGAACAAAAAUGGCGUUGGUUGCUUGGUUCUGUUAUUCUUCACUGGAGCUUUAAUCCAAAACUUGAGAACCAAAUCCACGACCUUGUUCGUGCAUCCCUUGAAUUGCUCUUGAGACCUAUGGAAAAGAUCUUGAAAGAAAAGCAAACAAAUGCAACAGGUCAAGCUGAUGAAGAUGGAGAUGUCAUUCUCGAUGAAGAUGGUACUAUUCGUGCUGCCACAUUCAACAAGCUUGUUGAAAGAAUGUUGGAAAUUAACAUUUCUGAAGGUGAUUCUGAAGAACAUGGUAAAUUCAAACACAUUUUCCAAAUUACCUAUGGUUCUUUCACAACACCUCUCGAAUUGUUGACCAUUUUAUCUACACUCUACCAAACUCCUAACCCUAAUCAAAACAUUAUCAGAAUUCGUGUUGAACAAUUCUUGUGUGAUUGGAUUCGUGACAGUUUCCACGAAUUUGAUAACCUUGUCAUUGCUGAACUUGUAAGAUUCUUAAUUGUCAAUGAUCGUGACUUGAAGACUAACACCAAGAAGAAGAUUCGUCGUUAUGCCAUCAAGAACUUGCUCAACUUUAAACAAGAACAUAUCAAACAAAAGGGUGUUCAAGAUUGUUUACCACAACUUCCAAAAGGUAUUUUAUUCGAAGAGUUAGAAAAACCAGUAGUUGACAUUAAGGAAUGGAGAAUUAAAAAGUCACAAAGAAAGAAUUAUAAGAAUCCAUUCGAUAGAUCAUUCGACUUGUUGGCUUGGCCACCAGUAGAAAUUGCAAGACAAAUGACACUCAUUGAUGCCAAGUUAUUCAGAAAGAUUGAAGCAAGAGAGUUCUUCGACAAUGCUUGGGCUGAUAAGGAUUACAAGUAUGAACUCGCUCCAACAAUUUGUGCAAUCACUGAUCGUACUAAUAGUAUUUCCUAUUGGGUUCGUAACAGAAUUCUCAUGGAAACCAAUCCAGAAAAUCGUAAGAAGGUCUACAAGAGAUUCUUGGAUAUCAUGCGUGAAUUGUACUUGAUGAAUAACUUUACAUCUGUGAUGGCUAUUUCAUCUGGUCUUAACUCUGCUCCAAUCUCUAGAUUGAGGGCUGCAAAGGAAGGUAUCAGUAAGGACGAUGUACAACUUAUUGAAGAUUGUGGAAACUUGUUCCAACAAAACUAUUCACUCAUGAGAAAGAGAUUGGAAAGCUUGAGCAUUGAAAGAUCUCCUUGUAUUCCUUUCACUGGUGCCUUCUUGACCGAUGUCACCUUCACUAAAGAUGGUAACCAAGAUUUUAUUGACCACGUUUCUAAUCCAGAUAAGAAAUUGGUCAACUUUAAGAAGAGACGUACCUAUUAUAAGACUAUCAGAACUGUUCAAGAUUUAAAGACAUCUCUUCACUAUCCAUUCAAACCAAUUCCAUUCUUGGAAUAUAUUUUGAAGGAAGAUAUCUUCCACAACCUUAACAAUGAUGAUAAGGAAUUGUAUAAUUUAUCCAUUAAAGUGGAACCAAGAAAAUAAAUGUAAAUAAAAUUUUUAUUCACAUCAA